AAACACGGUGGGGUUUGCCCUUCCUUUUUGUCCCAAAAACUCGCUUUGGAAAGACCGGGUUGUUCGACGACAUUUCCCAUCUUUCUACGACCUUCCCUUGUCGCCCCCCCAUCACCGAAAUCGACAUUGCCCUACUUUUUAUUCUACAGUAUACUUGUCACGCCACGCAGAGAAAGCACAAAGCCACUUGCAGCACACAAGUGUGCGGUCGUGUUUUUCAACCAUUCCCAUUCUACAAAAUCAUUCUUGUGCUCUUACCGUUUAGCCAUUGUUCUUUUUGGCUUGUUCCGUCUUACUGAGCUGUCGGUCCAGCAAACUCGUCACUGCUACUUACUAUCCUAUCCUUCUUUUGCACCUUGCAUUGUCGGUGACUUGCUCAAACGGACACCUGCCAUCGACACUUUCUAUUGUGUGUGACGAGCACUUUUGGUCUCUCUACUUUGUAUUCAGCAAGCGACAUUGUAAACGUUGAAAGUGUCCGUACGGUUUUCCUUUUGAGCUACUUUCGUUACGCACAUUUGACGCCACCCCCGCCUUGUCCGCGCGCCCGUUUCCUGCGGAUCCGGUUUCCAACUUCUUUUUGUCUACCCGACCGCGGCUGUUGUGGAAGUUCUUGUUCAGGGUCCCUUGUCGGACGUUUCUCGUUAUCUUUGUUUAUCGUAUUCCACGUUUGCGGACUGGCCAUUGUGCUGAUUCUACUUUUUGAGCAAGUUUCCCGGGGAAGGUCACGUAAAUGCAUUAAUUUUAUGCAGCAUCUUCCGAGCGACUAUACCACCUAAUUAUCAGCGAAACACGCGUACCCUGCUUCCCAUUUGCCACAACCUAUCUGCCUCAACUGUUACCCUAAUUGCAAUGUCUCACUUACCGAAAACGACGAUUCAUGUCACUAAUAUCACCAAAGACAAGGCCACGCUCAAGAAAAUGUUCCAAGACAUGGAAGGUUUCCGGCGCAUUUCUUUUCAUCAAGAUUACUGCUUUGUAUGCUUUGAUGAUCUGAGCUCUGCGACUGAUGCGAUUGACACCGUGCACAGUCAGACCGACAUGCUGGCUGCCUACGCCAAACAUGGUGUUGCAUCCGCAACCACACCCACUAUAGCUGUUCAGCCAAAUCCCAUUCUCUACGUCAGUCUCUUUUCCUAUUUUACCGAGGUAGAGCUUACCAAGAUCUUCCGCUCGUAUGAUGGCUUUGACAGCUGUCGGUUCUUUCCAAGCCAUGCUCUCGUUCGCUUCAAGGACGUAGAGUGCGCCAAACGAGCGUUGGAAGAUUUGAAUUCCACUACGAACCUUUUUGCAAAUUAUUCCACCAAAGGCGCAAAACAGGGUAGUAGCAGAUCGUCCCGAAGAGGAACAACAUCCAGCUCUACCUCAACAACUACAGGUAUCGACGGCGAUGGAGCUGCCGAACACGCGAGGGCAUCAGACGCGGGCGGCGUCACCGGAUCGACUCAUCCCAAACGUACCAUUCAUGUCACCAACAUCGACAAAGACAAGGCACACAUCCUGCACCUGUUCUCGCAAUAUGAAGGCUUCCGUCGGGUAGCUUUUUACGCAGACUAUUGUUUUGUGUGUUUUGCCGACACCCGCACCGCAUCGAAAGCAAUUGAAGAAAUUCUCUUCAAAACCAAAAUGAAGGCCAACUUUGCCAAAGCGGACUUUAUUCCUCACCAAAUUCCUACAUCCGCUAUCGGUCACCCAAAUUCCAUUAUUCGCGUCUCGGACUAUCCGUCCAAUACCUCUGAUUAUGACCUUGUCAGAAUCUUUGAACGACACGAUGGCUUUCAGGACAUUCAUUUUUACCAUGCAUCCUGCCUUGUUUAUUUCAAGGACCAAACCAGUGCGCGCCGUGCUUUAGAGAGCGUCAAUGCCACUACCAACUUCACCGCCAUUUAUUCCAAGAAGGGGGUCAACUCGAGGUCCCGAGGAGGAGCUGUAUCCCGUAUAGCUCGCUCAGCACAGGCAUCAGCGUCAUCUGUAUCCACCGCAUCAGCCAAAACUCUUGCCACUUCUACACCUGCCACCGCUCUUCCUCCAGCAAACACUUCCAGUCAAUCAUCGCCGGACUCGUCUGAGACGCAAGAAGACGAAUCGUCGUCAUCUCCGCGCAACAGCCCCUCGCCCGAGCUACCUGUGGCACAAGAUACCGACGAGGCCUACGAUGACGACGAGCUGAUUCCGCGGGAGAGCGAAUCUCUCACGGCAACAUUGACGCAUACUCCACCCAGCAUGUUUAUACAGCCUGAUAUGGUAAAUGACGUCGUUGUAGCAGCAGCUGCAGAAGCAUCCGGAGCUGAAGACGCUGUUCAUCAGAAUGGGGAAGAGUUUGGCAUAGGUGCAUUCACAUCAGCAGAUCGCAGUGACGGAUCCAACAGUGUCCAUGGGUCAGAUCUGGAUGGUCCUGACCUGGUUCUCCAUGAGCACGUCUCACACCACCUUCAACAGCAGCAGCACGAUGCGGCUAAACCGCAUUUGCACUUUGCUACCUUUUUGCACCAGCAGUUCCAAUUAUCGCCGCAAUCCAACCAGGCACCGGAAACACUCUCCGCACCCGGUCUCCUUCCGCCCUUUUCUGCAACAUCUACCAACAUGGCAAGCCAUCUUGCCUACGCUCAGGCCCUCGCUGACAAAACGGGGCAUUCGUCUCUCCCCUCGCACUUUGCUCAAGCACAAAACAUGAGCAAAGACUCAACCAUUGCCAUCGGAAACCAACUUUUAGCUACCAAAUCCUUCCUUGACGACUUGUUUGGUCGCUACAUCCGCCUUGAACAAGAAAACCGCGUGCUACGCCAAACCCAUCGCCAUUCCCAACACCUCGCUGCGCACAUGCAAGGAACGCAGCACCCACCCCACCAACAUCACCCGUCCCAACAAUCACAAGACCAGCAACCCCACGACACAUCUGACCAAUUCCACACCUUGCACACCCAGCAACAGCUCUCAGAUGCUCCUAGUGACCCAUCCCUCGUUCCACCCUCCACAACCUCCCAACCACACGGCCACGUUCAUGCAUCUACCACUGCAUCACAAACGGUUCCCAUCACCCCAUCCUCUGAAACAGCUGAAGCACCCUGGAUCGAACUCGACCGCCUCCGUAAAGAAAACGACAUUAUGAGGCGGGAAAACGCGGUAUUGAGAGAGGAGCUCUCUAGACGGAAUAUGGAAUAUGAACGCUUGGAUGCUGCGCACAAGAGUUGUGGAGUGUUGCAGGGGUUAUUGGCCAUGUGUGAAUAAUUUGUUUUUGUUUUGUUGUGGGGUUGGAUGAGGUUUUAUUCAAUCGAAUACCGCUCUUUGGAUUUUUAUUUUUCUCUUACUUGGUUUUUUCCAUUUUUGUCGGUUGGUAUUUUCGAUUGACUGGAAAAUAGUGGUGCAUCAAUGCGCAAUGGUAAUUGUUUAGGUCCCCGCUUGUGUCUUGGAUCUCGUUGUUGUUUUGUGCUCCGUCUUCUGAACAGAGAAUAAUCUGAUGCGGCC